CGAUAGUGCCAUCGAUAGUUCGGCACCACUGCUAUUUGGAAAGAGUGUUAUAUAUUGUUUUUAGCUAAGGGAAAGUAUUUGUUUUGAAGCAGAUUGUUGCUAAUAAUGAGGACAUAAUGUGGAGGCAAGCGAAGCAGUUAUGUAAUAUUAAACAAUUUAUUGUAACGAAGCAUCCUCAGGAACUGGGAUAUGUCAAACUAUUUCCGAUUUUACGUAUUUCGCCGCCACAUAACGAGAUGAAACGUUAUCGCAGGGAAUAUAAAGCAGCUGUGAAUCUGCUUGCUCGUUCUUGCUCUAUGUCGCCUUGCAUUUUCCGACAAUUACAUUUUAGUAGUAAAGAUUUUACUCCAAAAAAAUCGGACCAUAAGCAAGGCUCAGCUGGGAAAAACGGCAGACAAAAUUCAAAUCAAAAUGACGAAAAAGGCAAUGACAACGAGCAAAAAGUAAAAUCGUUACUCACUAAGGCUUUGUUGUGGAUGUUUACAGUUUAUAUGUUUGUCGUCUUUCUAUCAUUAAUAACAUCGCCAAGAGCAGAACGUCCUGAGGUAAAAAUUCUAAAAAUGCGAAAAAUGCGCUCUAUCGUUAACUUAAUAUAGGAAGUUCUAAGUCAUUUGUGUUCGAAAUUGAGCUUUGUACAAAGGUCGGUAGAUUACAUCUAAAAGCCUAAUAGACUACAAAACGACUUUAAUGUAUUAGUUUCAGUAUUUAUCAAAACCAAGGAUGUUAACGAAAUUCCAAAUUUAAGAACAUUAAGGGCUGGUUUCCCCAACUCAACUUAAUUAAUUAAGCCAAUUUUCAUGACUUAGUCAGAAUAAGAUGUGUAAAACGUAGGCUAACUUAUGACUUAAGUCCAAAAAGUGGCUAAGCUAAGUUAAGUUGAGUUGGAGAAACCAGCCCUAAGUUUUAUAAAGUUUGAUGUGUUCCGUUUGCGUAUUUUUUGAAAGGAUUUUGAGGUGCUCAAACGCGUAAUUCGAAUCAAAAAACUUUUACACACACUUGUAGACAACAGUUCACGCUGGUAAUUAUCUAGUUGGGCUUUCAACCCUUAAAAUUUUUCGAAAUUCUGGAAAUGGGGUACAAAUGGACGCGUCUGCAACCCAGUAAUAAGAAUCUGGGGUACUGUUUAGUACGAGGCCUAACUAUUUCGAGGUAUUGCGUCGAAAGGGGUGACGCGAUCCAAAAAAAUUUACACACUCUUAUAGUCAAGGGUCUACACAUUAUUUU